UUCUUCACUUCUUCCACCGCAACUACAACUACUAUGGUGUCCAAUAUCAUCUCCAUAUUUGUUUUUCAAAAUAAUUGACCAGUUUACAAUUGUUUGACUGCAGCCCUGUAAGAGUCUGGUGGAGAAUCUUCCAGCACUCCACGCUAUGAGAAAAUAGUAGAAAGGAAGAAAUCUCACUGCCAAUUGCCAAGGCACAGCGUGGUCAAACUACAAGCAACUACUAAAGUCGCCCACAAUCCAUGUGAACGUGGAGCAAACUCCCAGCCCAGCCCUUCCUCAUCUCCCUCCAUCGGCUCACUCCUCCCAUGGCCGCUGUGCUCGCCUCAAACCCACCUCAACCCCUCUCCAAAACCUCCUUCCCCCUCUCGUCCCCAUCCUCGCCACGCCUCCCCUCCCACCUCCGUCGCUCCCAGCGCCGCCCCCACCCCGCCCUCCACUCGACCCCGCCCGCCGACUGGCCCUUGGAGCAGCGCCUCGAGGAGUCCCUCGCCGUGCUCGACCUCAUGGACGCCCAGUCCAUCACCCCGGACCCGGCCCUCCUCUCCGCCCUCCUCAACGCCUGCGCCGACGCCCGCAACCUCCGUCUCGGCCGCCUCGUCCACGACAGGGCCGCCCGUGCCGGCCUCCAAACCCACCCCGCCGUCGCCAAUGGCCUCCUCCGCCUCUACUCCCGCUGUGGCCUCCUCGGCGCCGCCCGCCGCCUGUUCGAUGAAAUGCCCGAGCGGAACGUCGCCACUUGGACCACCGCCAUCGCAAUGUACCUCCAUGCCGGCUUCCCCCAUGAUGCCAUCCAACUAUACUGCUCGAUGACCGCCGCCGCCGCCAACACCGGAGUCCGGCCCAACGCCUUCACUUACACCAUUGCUUUAAACUCGUGCGCUAGCAUUGGAGAUGUCGAGCUCGGCAUCAAAAUUCAUGAGGAGAUCAAAAAAGGUGGAUGCGAAAUGGAUGAGUUUGUCAUCGUGGCACUGAUCGACAUGUACGCAAAGUGUGGCCGUGUCGACCGUGCUCGUGAGGUGUUCGACAAAGCUCAAAUCAAGACAGUCGAAGCUUGCACCGCGAUGAUCGAGGGGUACAAUAGAAAUGGCAAAGCCAAGGAAGCCAUGGAUGUCAUCAGGAGGACAUUGCAAAAUGGGAGGAGGGAUGGCGGGGUGGCUAGUAGGUUGGGGUUUGCAACGAUGAUCAGACCAUGCGUGGCCGAAAUGGCACUGAGACAGGGGCAGGAGAUUCAUGCCCACAUUAUCAAAAUGGGGCAUCAGCCGGGGUGGAAAACUCUAGGCGCACUGGUAGAAUUGUAUGAGAGGUGUGAUAAGAUGAAUAUCGCCUAUCGAGUUUUCGACAACAUGGGAGCGAAAGAUUUAUGCUUGUGGAGCAGAAUGAUGGUCGGGUUCGUGAGGAAUGGGUUGUGUGAGGAAGCCUUGAAGCUUUACCUCAGGAUGGCAUGUUUAGAUAUUCGAAUGGAUACUUUUGUGGUUUUCCAGGCUAUCAAGGCGUGUGUUGGGGUGUUGGGUUUGGAAGAAGGGAAGCAGAUGCAUGGCAGAGUCAUCAAACUUGGUCACUUGUUGGAAGGUUCUGUGAUUGGUGGUCUUGCUGAGCUUUAUAGUGAAUGCGGAGAGAAGGAAGAGGCUUACAAGCUACUGAACCAGAAUAACAUCUUGCACAGAUAGGCUUGUUUGAUGGAGAUCUUGCAAGAGGUGCCGCAUAAUAUUUUCUUCGCAAAUGGUGGAGAGGAUAGAGCUUCACCAGGCUAAAAAAUCAAACUAUUUGAUGGCCUAAUCGGAGGAGAUGUAUUGAUUCUUGAAUCUCUUGUUCAGCUUCAAACAAAUUACGCACACCUAUAUUAUGUGGUGACAAAAGAUAUUCUAGUUUGGUGGAGGAGCAAGGAAAAUUCAGGAUUAUAUGUAAAUAUUUGCUUUUUUUUCUUUUAAGCGUGUCAUCUUACCUUAAACAGUUUCCAACAUACAUAUUUUGUUGC